AUGAUGUUUGAGGCGGGGUGCGUUCGGCGUCGCGGCGGCGCGCUGCGGCGGGUGGGGCUGCACGCCAUUGGCCGGCACAGCUUCGGGUGCAGCGCCUUGACGCAUGCACCCUGCGGCCACUAUUACUGCGUCAACGGCGGGCGGCGCGCGCGGUGCGAUUAUGAAUGGCGCGUGACGCAGCGCUCGGUGCCAGCCUAUGCAAGCACGCGCGCUCGCGCCGCACUCACUCCGCUGCUCUCGCUCACUGCGCUCGAACGGUACGCUCUGCGCGCCCUGCCACCGUCGCUUGCGCUAUCAUUGACUAAC